AUGCGGGCGGCGGGUCCGGUCCCGGCCGGUGGCUCGGCUGCCGCCGCCGCCCGCCCUCCGCGGGGCCCCCGGGGCCGCCGCCGGGUGCGGCCGUCCUUCGUGGACGAGUCGCUGUUCGGCCGGCCCGCGGGGGCCCGCCCGCCGCCGCCCGCCUUCCCGCCGCCCUGGGCGGCUCCCGCGGCUCCCUCAGCCGGCGGCUCCCGGCCCGGCAGCCAGUGCAGGUCCCGAAGCCACGCUCCGUCCUUCUGUGACGAGUCCCUGUUUGGUGCCAAGCCGCAGGGUCCUGCCUGGGCAGCUCCGCGGAUGAGGAAGGAAGAUGUAGCCAAGCUCCACUCGCUGCUCUGGAGCCCCCCGCCUGCUCCCCAGAACCAGCCUGGCCUUUCCCCGCACUGCAGGGGGACUCCCCUGCGAGCCGUCCAUCCGCCAGCCUCCGCGCCUCCGGCCACGUCUGAGCCCGGCCACAAAGAGAAGUUGUGUGGCUGGAGGCAUCCCAGGAGCGAUGCUCGCUCCGAAGGCUGGGGUGCUCCUGGCAGAGGACGUUCCCAGUCUGUCAGCCGGCUGAGCACCCCCCCGGACAGGAUUCACCUUUCUUCCAGCCUCGGCACAGAAAGGUGGAAGAACCGGAGCGCUCCAACAACCCCUGCUGCCCCCCAGGGCCCUCUGGUGAGGGGUCGGUCCAAGAGCGUGUCCGGAUCUCCUGUGCCCAGGAAUGCCAAGGCAGCAGGUGGCUGCACAGCCAGACCCCCCUGGAAGUGAUGCCAGGUGUCCCUCUGGAUGUACAUACAGCCUUAGUCUACCUGAGGCCUCCCUGUAACCAAGCCCACGAGGACCCUGGGCCUUUCCAUGGCUGGAAAGGAAGGAUGGAGCUGUUCCAUGCUGGAAGACAAGCCAGGAGCCAGAGUUGACCCCAGUGCUGGGAGCUGUGUGUCCUGGUUCAGGACACACCCCCACGGCACCAGAGCCUUGGUGGGAACAGCUGCUUCCCGAGAUGUCCAGGGGGUGUCAGAGGAGGUUCCUGCUGUCUGGGAAAUCCAGCUGGGAGGUCGGAGCAGCAGGAGACCCGAGUGCCCACAGUGCAGUCCCGGCCCCUCCAGGCACAGGUAUUGAGAGGCUGCUGAGGCCCUCCCAAAGGUUCCCUUCUCCAGGAAAAGAGCUCCAUUCCCUCUGCCUCUAUGCACAGCAUGUGCCUUGGUGUCUCCCUGCUGUCCUUGCUUUGUGCCACCAACACCUUACGGACUCCUCUGACAAAGCAGGACAAGGGAGGACGAGCACAGAGGUGAGGAAAGCAUUGCCCUGCGUCCCGCUGGCAGUGGGAGGAUCCCAGGCUGGAUGGGGUUUGUGACAGAGAAGGAUCUGCACAGGGAUUUUGGCAGCUCGUGGUGAUGAGGAGGUGCUGAGUAAAUCCAUAAUUGCGUGGCUGAGGGUUGUGAGGUGCUCACAGCAGUGCCACGGUGUCACCACAUAAGUGCUCUGAGACAAAUCUGGGAUCUGGGGGAUGCUGCUGAGUGAUCUGGGCACGUCCAAAGCUCCUCCACUUCCUUUGCUGAGGUGGGAAAGAGCGGCUCUGUGUGUAUGGAGGUGGAUAAAGGACGUGGGGUUUGCAGUCACUGCUCCCUGGGGAGGGAGGCUGCAGCGAGGAGCUGCUGAGGUUACUGCGAGUUUGGUAACGCCCAUGCCGAGGGAAACGCUCAAAUUCACCCAAGGACACACGAAGCCAGGUUAACAGCAUCCUUCUGCCCCCAGAAAUGAUGUUAUUGCACCUUGAGCAGCAGCAGGAUUGGCCCUUGACCCACUCCAGCAGGUGGAGCUGGAGCCAGCCAGGAGCCCGCACUGAGAGGAAUUUCUGCUCAUUUCUUGGCCUGACAGGUAGCAAGAAUAACCUGACAUUAAAACCUGAGAAGGUGACUGAGCAUCCUUGUGAUUCACUCCGAGCUCUCGGAUCUCCCCCUGUGCUUCCCACUGAGGCAAUCCUGCAGCUCUUCUCCACCUGGGGUAAAAUUGGAGGGACAGGAAACAACCGUGGCCUUCUCAGAGGAGGGGCUGGGCGUGCUGGUGUCAAUCCAGGUUGUGUUUGGGUUGUGGGCACAGUGACGUGCAGGCUGUGAAGGCUGCAGGUCUCACUGGGCUGGGAGAGAGUCCAGAUGUGAUUUGGACGCUAGAUGGAGACAAGAGGGUUGAGGAUUGACACGGGAGCAGGAAUGCUGUUCCAGCAGCAGGUGGGAGAUCCAGCGAGGCGAGUCGUCAGCAAACUGGGGGAACUGCCCUGGAAUCUAAGCAGCAGAGAACUGAACCAGUGGGAUCUUGGAGAACUGGAGUCCUUGAAAGAGGAAGCCUCUUAAAAUAACGAGAGAUUUUAUCUGAGAAUCAAGUUAACAGUGGCCUGUGUGGCCAGGAUUGGCCACUUUACCCCCACUGCUGCAGUCAGGGUCCAAGGAAUCAGUGGGGGAAACUAGAGCCUGUCUCAUCAGCCACGCCUUCCUGUCCCACACUGGCCCAGGUUGUCACUGAGGCCUUCCAGGAGCUCAGAACUGGCACUUCCUUGCUAUUUACACAUGAGUACAAUGUUGGUUAAGUAUAAACGGGUUGUUUGUAUUUUGUUCCAUGA